AUGCCCUUGGAUCUGGGAGAGAUUCUCCAGGAAGAUGAAAUCCGCAGCAUUUGCCGAUAUGCGGGUCUAAAUUUAGCAGACCGGAUGUUUAAGAGAGGAUUAGAUCUGGCCUUUGUGAUUCAAAAGGAUCCUGUCUUAUGGUUCGAGAUUGUUAUGUAUCAUCCGAAUCCGAUUGAGCUCUUCGAUUGGCUGUAUAGCCGCCAUUGCUUGCCUCCGAGCAACUUGCGCAUCUUUGAUGCAGAUCCAGCUGCACUUAUGGCAUGGGAAUUACGAAAUGGUGUUCCUGUUACUCGUGCGAGCCCGGGAGAAAAGUCGAUGCAAGAGUUUGCGAUCCAAUGCGGCAAUCUUGAAGCGGCCUAUUAG